AUGGGUACUCCCUUGGAAGCCUCCCGCUGACACUCAAAGGAGACCGAUUUGUUAUUCUUGAAAAGACAGAGAAGAGUGGAAAUCACAGUAGUUACAUAGCAGGCACAUUUCAUCUGCAGCCGGUCAGCUGCUACAAUGAGGGAAAAAAGUAUUUGAUCCCCUGCUGAUUUUGUAUGUUUGCCCACUGACAAAGAAAUGAUCAGUCUAUAAUUUUAAUGGUAGGUUUAUUUGAACAGUGAGAGACAGAAUAACAACAAAAUAAUCAAGAAAAAUGCAUGUAAAAAAUGUUAUAAAUUGAUUUGCAUUUUAAUGAGGGAAAUAAGUAUUUGACCCCCUCUCAAUCAGAAAGAUUUCUGGCUCCCAGGUGUCUUUUAUACAGGUAACGAGCUGAGAUUAGGAGCACACUCUUAAAGGGAGUGCUCCUAAUCUCAGCUUGUUAACUGUAUAAAAGACACCUGUCCACAGAAGCAAUCAAUCAAUCAGAUUCCAAACUCUCCACCAUGGCCAAGACCAAAGAGCUCUCCAAGGAUGUCAGGGACAAGACUGUAGACCUACACAAGGCUGGAAUGGGCUACAAGACCAUCGCCAAGCAGCUUGGUGAGAAGGUGACAACAGUUUGUGUGAUUAUUCGCAAAUGGAAGAAACACAAAAGAACUGUCAAUCUCCCUCUGCCUGGGGCUCCAUGCAAGAUCUCACCUCGUGGAGUUGCAAUGAUCAUGAGAACGGUGAGGAAUCAGCCCAGAACUACACGGGAGGAUCUUGUCAAUGAUCUCAAGGCAGCUGGGACCAUAGUCACCAAGAAAACAAUUGGUAACACACUACGCCAUGAAGAACUGAAAUCCUUUAGCGCCCGCAAGGUCCCCCUGCUCAAGAAAGCACAUAUACAGGGCCGUCUGAAGUUUGCCAAUGAACAGCUGAAUGAUUCAGAGGAGAACGGGGUGAAAGUGUUGUGGUCAGAUGAGACCAAAAUCGAGCUCUUUGGCAUCAACUCAACUUGCCGUGUUUGGAGGAGGAGGAAUGCUGCCUAUGACCCCAAGAACACCAUCCCCACCGUCAAACAUGGAGGUGGAAACAUUAUGCUUUGGGGGUGUUUUUCUGCUAAGGGCACAGGACAACAAAAGGACAAUGGACGGGGCCAUGUACCGUCAAAUCUUGGGUGAGAACCUCCUUCCCUCAGCCAGGGCAUUGAAAAUGGGUUGUGGAUGGGUAUUCCAGCAUGACAAUGACCCAAAACACAUGGCCAAGGCAACAAAGGAGUGGCUCAAGAAGAAGCACAUGAUGGUCCUGGAGUGGCCUAGCCAGUCUCCAGACCUUAAUCCCAUAGAAAAUCUGUGGAGGGAGCUGAAGGUUCGAGUUGCCAAACGUCAGCCUCGAAACCUUAAUGACUUGGAGAAGAUCUGCAAAGAGGAGUGGAACAAAAUCCCUCCUGAGAUGUGUGCAAACCUGGUGGCCAACUACAAGAAACGUCUGACCUCUGUGAUUGCCAACAAGGGUUUUGCCACCAAGUACUAAGUCAUGUUUUGCAGAGGGGUCAAAUACUUAUUUCCCUCAUUUAAAAUGCAAAUCAAUUUAUAACAUUUCUGACAUGCGUUUUUCUUGAUUUUUUUGUUGUUAUUCUGUCUCUCACUGUUCAAAUAAACUUACCAUUAAAAUUAUAGACUGAUCAUGUCUUUGUCAGUGGGCAAACGUACAAAUUCAGCAGGGGAUCAAAUACUUUUUUCCCUCACUAUAUACAGUAAUAACAAAUUGCAAAUAUUGCUGUUUGUGAAUAUGAACACUCGGAUUAGCAUUCGAUCACAUUUAGGAUUUUAAUAAAGGUUUGACAUUGUUUUAAUCUUGGAAGGAGUAUUGAUUGCUAGGAUACUGACAUAUAUUAGAGGUGACACUAAUGUAGCAUUUAAUGUUUCUCUUUAACGGGCACAAAUACUGACGUGUGGCAUGCUAGAGAUGGGCACAGAUCUAGGCUCUGCUUACCUGCAACCUCACCUCAGCAACCUCAUCCUACUUCAUUAGGGACUGAGGCAGGCUGAAGCUGAACCUGUUGUUCCUGGGUUCCUGUUGUUGCGGCGCUGCUGCUGUAAUGUCUGGGGGCCUGGGCUCAUCUGGCAGAGGAAAUGCAGAAGAUGUGAAAGCCUGUGGCCCCCUGACCCAUUGUUUAUGAGCUGCCACAAUGUGUUGAGGCUUCCUCUGAGUCAUUGUCCUUUUGCAGGCAACACAGACACUCACACACACACACACACACACACACACAGAGCUCGGAGCUAGCCUCUUCACAAAUACGCACACACAUACGUUAUAGCAGGUAACCUAGCGGAGGCGGCAGGUAGCCUAGCGGUUAAGAGCAUUGGGCCAGUAACCGAAAGGUUGCUGGUUGGAAUCCCUGAGCCGGCAAGGUGGAAAAAAAACUGCUGUUCUGCCCUUGAGCAAGGCAGUUAACCCGCAACAACAACUGCUCCCCGGGCGCCGUGGACGUCGAUUUAAGGCAGCCCCCCGCAUCUCUCUGAUUUCAGAGGGGUUGGGUUAAAUGCUGAAGACACAUUUUGGUUGAAUGCAUUCAGUUGUACAUCUGACUAGGUAUCCCCUUCCCUUUCCAUUCCUCACACAAAAACCUAUUUUGUGUUCUAAAUGUGUAGUCAGCCGGUAGUUAAAGAGACAGUCCUAUCAUUGGCUACUUUGCAGAACUGCAAAUCAAAUCAAGCUUUAUGUAUAUAGCACAUUUCAGACAUGGAUGCAACGCAAUGUGCUUCACAGGAAAAAACAAAAACAAUGAAAAUAAAAACAAAUAUUUUACUACACAACAAACUGAAACAAAAAAAAGCACCCUAAGGAAAAGCAAAGCUAAAAAGUUGUGUUUUAGCAUCUCUUUUAAAUAUGUCCACAGUUUCGGCCCCCCUCAGGUUCUCAGGCUAUUCCAGAGGCUGGGGGCAUAGUAACUAAAGGCUGCUUCUCCAUGCCUCUUGGUCCUAGGCUUUGGGAUAGUUAAAAGGCCAGUGCCAGAGGACCUGAGGGACCUACUGGGUACACCACUCAAAAGCACAUCUGACAUGUAUUGGGGUGCACAAUGGUGGAUUGAUUUAAAAACCAAUAGAAUAAUCGUAAAAUGUAGCCAGUGCAGAGCCUUUAAAACCGGUGUAAUGUGUGCUCUAGUCUUGGUCAGUACACGUGCUGCAGCAUUCUGUAUGUUUUUCAGUUGACCAAUAGCUUUCUUGGGUAGACCAGACAGGAGAGCAUUACAGUAGUCAAGCCUGCUUGUAAUAAAAGCAUGGAUGAGUCUCUCUGUUUCAGCCAGAGAUAGAAACGGCCACACCUUGGCAAUGUUCCUCAGGUGGUAAAAAGCUAUUUUGGUCACAUUCCUAAUGUGUGAUUCGAAAUUGAGUUCAAAAUCUAAAAUGACACCUAGGUUUUUUUUACCUGGUGUUUUAUCUUUAUUGCCCAUGAAUGAAAAUGUGUGCCAGAUUCUCUCUCUGUGCUUUGGCUUAUGAUUUUGGAUCAUCUGCUGGCACAAAAAAUGUAAAAGGCAAACAUGUUUCCCAUAUGUUGUCAUGAAUGUAUCCAGAUAAACAUCUGUUAUUUCCUCCCUGUAUGUAAUAAAACAUUAAGAAAAUCCACUAUCAGGUUUCACUAGAUAUUUUUCCAUUAACUUGUCCAGUGAUUUUAUUACUUUUUUUGUCGACAUUUAGACAUAGAGCAGAGAAUAUAGAUGUGACAAUUGCCUACUACGGUACGUUUCCAUUCAACUACACUACCAGUCAAAAGUUUGGACACACCUACUCAUUCAAGGGUUUUUCUUUAUUUGUAAAAAAAAAUUGACAUUGUAGAAUAAUAGUGAAGACAUCAAAAUGAUUAAAUAACACAUAUGGAAUCAUGUAGUAACCAAAGAAGUGUUAAACAAAUCAAAAUAUAUUUUAUAUUUGAGAUUCUUCAAAUAGCCACCCUUUGCCUUGAUGACAGCUUUGCACACUUUUGGCAUUCUCUCAACCAGCUUCAUGAGGUAGUCACCUGGAAUGCAUUUCAAUUAACAGGUGUGCCUUCUUAAAAGUUAAUUUGUGGAAUUUAUUUCCUCCUUAAUGUGUUUGAGCCAAUCAGUUGUGUUGUGACAAGGUAGGGGGGGGGGGUAUACCAGAAGAUAGCCCUAUUUGGUAAAAGACCAAGUCUGUAUUAUGGCAAGAACAGCUCAAAUAAGCAAAGAGAAACGACAGUCCAUCAUUACUUUAAGACAUGAAGGUCAGUCAAUACGGAACAUUUCAAGAACUUUGAAAGUUUCUUCAAGUGCAGUUGCAAAAACCAUCAAGCACUAUGAUGAAACUGGCUCUCAUGAGGACUGCCACAGGAAUGGAAGGUUUGGGCUUAGUGGGACUAUCAGAGAUUGAGAUGGUUUGGGAUGAGUCAGACCGCAGAGUGGAGGAAAAGCAGCCAAACAUAAUUUCUAGUGAGUGUGCAUCUGUAUAACCUCUCCUCUCCUCUCUUCUCUCUCUCUCCUCAUCCCUCGCUCCAGACGUCAUCAUGGACUCCUUCAGUACUAAGACCCUGGCCCUUCAGGCCCAGAAGAAGCUGAUGAGCAAGAUGGCCACCAAGAGUGUGGCCAACCUCUUCAUUGAUGACACCAGCAGCGAGGUGCUGGACGAGCUCUACCGCGUCACCAAGGAGUACACACGCAACCGCAAGGAGGCCCAGAAGAUCAUCAAGGACCUCAUCAAGAUGGUGGUGAAGCUGGGCAUCCUCUACCGCAACAACCAGUUCAACGGGGAGGAACUGGUGCUGGUCGAGGGCUUCAGGUUGAUUAUGCUAUAUGAUUACAUGAUAUAUGAUUGAUUAUGUAUUUAAUAAUUAUGGCUGUAGAUAGCAUUAAAGAUGCACUCUCAAACUUUUGUAUAAUUUCAGCCAGUAAUUUUGAAAGUGGUGCUCAUGAGCCAAAAGUGGUUCCUGUUUUUUUGUGUACUACAUCAUCCAAUUCGUACUAGAUGUUACAAAUGUGUUAUGCUUAAGAUCCUGGAGUGCAUCUUUAACGGGAGUAUAAUAGUCUUUGAUUAGGGUUGCCAGCCCUGGAUGUUGAGGGUUGUAAUUUGCACUGGUUUUUAUUCCAGCCUUAAUGAAACCAAUCAUUGUGUUGGGCUGGGAAAAAAAGCAAUGGCAUGUCCUUUGCCAUCGACUGUACCUAAGCCAUCAUGCAUAACAACAAUGUCCACGUCUCCUUUCCAGGAAGAAGGUCCACACACUGGCCAUGACGGCCGUCAGCUUCCACCAGAUCGAAUUCACAUUCGACCGGCGUGUGAUGAGCGCCAUCCUGAACGAGUGCCGGGAGCUGCUGCACCAGGCAAUCAACCGCCACCUGACAGCCAAGAGCCACUCGCGGGUCAACCACGUGUUCAACCACUUCGCCGACUGUGACUUCCUGGCGGCUCUCUACGGCCCCUCCGAGGUGUACCGCAGCCACCUGCAGAGGAUCUGCGACGGUGUCAACAAGAUGCUGGACGAGGGCAACCUUUGA